GUGACGCCGCACAAGGACAGGGCUGGGGACAUCCAAAGCCAGCUGUGAUGUCGGAGAGCGUGGCCGAGGCGCCGGGAGCCGGGAGCCCAGCAGCGCUGGGUGAGACCAGCCAUGAGCUGCUGCAGCGCCUGCGGGAGCUGGAGGCAGAGAACUCAGCCCUGGCCCAGGCCAAUGAGAACCAGCGGGAGACGUACGAGCGCUGCCUGGACGAGGUUGCCAACCAUGUGGUGCAGGCGCUGCUCAACCAGAAGGACCUGCGUGAGGAGUGCAUCAAGCUGAAGAAACGUGUCUUCGAGCUGGAGCGGCAGAACCAGGUGCUGAGCGACCUGUUCCAGCAGAAGCUGCAGCUCUCCACUGGGUCCCUCCCUCAGCUGCCGCUGCACCCCGUGCCAGUACCCCCAGAUGUCCCAGUCACCCCCCAGCCAGGCUCUGCUGAGCAACAGCCGCCCCCGCUGCUCCCUGGCCUCUGUCUGUCCCUGCCCGAGGUGCUGCCACCGGUGCCAUCGGGCAGCCCUGGCCUCAGCCCUGGUGCCCCCCCCCUGGAUGCCCUGUCCCCCUUCUUCAAAAAGAAAGCCCAAAUCCUGGAGGUGCUGCGCAAGCUGGAGGAGACAGACCCGCUGUUGGGGCCCCCUCCGGCCUCCCCCGGCUCCCCCGAGCCCUGCGCAGCCCUGGGCUGGCCCCCUU